AUGCUCCGUUUUGAGUUACUGAAGAAAUGCCGAUCAGUGGCCACCGAUUCUCAAACCCGACAAAUACUGGACAAAAUGGUCAAUAAUAUGGUCUCAGAUUACCCUCAAUCUGAAGAGCAUUACAAAAAAUUUGAACAAUUAUUGGGCGGAGUCGGCGACGAAGUAAAACUCCGGCCAACGGACGACGCGGCCAUUGAAUACAAGCGAUUGGCCUAUCGAGAAAUGAAACGUUCCUCAUUAAUACGCAUGCUCAUUUUAUUAAUGAUGCCCGUUAUGCGUACGCACGAGCUGAACGAGUACCUUAAAAAGCAGCCCCAGUAUAGGCCCACUCCGUUGUCGAAUCUCAUUUUGGCGAACGACGUCGAGAUGAAAAAUAACCUAGAAACUUAUAAAAAAGUGAUCGAGCUGAAUAUGCCAAAAAUUACGCCUCAAGAGAAGCAAGAGUUGCCACAGUUUACGAAAGAGGCGCUGGAUUUGGAGGAAAAAUAUUACUGCAUUUGUCGGUCAGAAAAUCCGGUGCCCACUCCUCGAGUGCCCCAAAGUAGUGAUCCAAACGACUGGCAGAAAGAUAUCAAUCCUAACCCGAAUGUCCCGUCGCUGAGCGAUAAGGCGUUCGAACCGUUUCGGUCGUCGAUGAAUAAGUUAUUGCAUUCGGAUUACGUCCAGAAUAUACUAAUGACAGGAGAGAUGACUCCCCAAAACAAAAAGUUUGUCCGAAAGUUCCUAAAGAAACUUAAACCGAAAGUUCGAAUUCGUUUUGAGCUACUGAAACAUUGCCUAAAGUUGGCCACCGACGAUAGAAGCCGUAAAAUACUGGACGGAAUUAUUAGAUACCUGUCAUCAAAAUAUCCAGAAAUGCUGCACAAAUUUGAGCAAACAGUGGGCGGCUAUGCGGACGAUGUAAAGCUCCAGGACAUGGAACCUAGAGCAAUUGAGUAUCAGCUCAAAAUAUAUCGCGAAAUGAAACGUGGUUCUUUGAUACGCAUGCUGUUGAUACAAAUGUUGCCCAUUUGGAAAUCGCAACAUAUACGAGAUUAUCUUGAAAAGCAGCCCCAGUAUAGGCCCAGUCCUGUGUCCGACUUGAUGCUGUUCAGAGACAUUGACGACAAAAUGAUUAUGAAUGCGUAUAAAAAAGUCAUCGAAUUAAAUGCACCAAAGAUAAGGCCCGACGAAGAGAACGAAAUUAUUAAUGUAGCUCAAGACGUUUCUAAUGAGAAACCUCAUCCUGAGGAUGAUCAUCAUCACCCACAUUACGGCCCUUAUAAUAGGCCAAUACAUCCUGGCCAACACGAUACACAUAUGGAACCUAAUGUCAAGCACAUAGACCCUAAUCGCAGACCUGGACAUCCUGAUCACCAAUAUGAGCCUACAAGUAUUGGCCCACCUGGCAAACCCCUAGGCCCUGGUGAUAGACCUGGACAGCCUGACCAACCUCAUCAUCGUGAUCCUCAAAGAAGACCAGUGAACGAAGAUGGUAGCCCUUGGCAACCGACAAAUCAAGGCCCUGGUCGUAGACCUGGACAGCCUGACCAACCCCAUCAUCGUGAUCCUCAAGGAAGACCAGUGAACGAAGAUAAUAGCCCUUGGAAACCGACAAAUCAAGGCCCUGGUGAUAGACCUGGACAGCCUGACCAACCUCAUCAUCGUGAUCCUCAAGGAAGACCAGUGAACGAAGAUGGUAGCCCUUGGCAACCGACAAAUCAAGGCCCUGGUCGUAGACCAGGACAACCUGAUCAACCCCAUCAUCGUGAUCCUCAAGGACGACCAGUGAACGAAGAUGGUAGCCCCUGGGAGCCUUCAAAUCAAGGCCCUGGUGAUAGACCUGGACAGCCUGACCAACCUCAUCAUCGUGAUCCUCAAGGAAGACCAGUGAACGAAGAUGGUAGCCCUUGGCAACCGACAAAUCAAGGCCCUGGUCGUAGACCUGGACAGCCUGACCAACCUCACCAUCGUGAUCCUCAAGGACGACCAGUGAACGAAGAUGGCUCCCAGGGGCUACCAUCUUCGUUCACUGGUCUUCCUCAAGGACGACCAGUGAACGAAGAUGGUAGCCCUUGGGAGCCUUCAAAUCAAGGCCCUGGUGAUAGACCUGGACAGCCUGAUCAACCCCAUCAUCGUGAUCCUCAAGGAAGACCAGUGAACGAAGAUGGUAGCCCUUGGGAGCCUUCAAAUCAAGGCCCUGGUCGUAGACCAGGACAACCUGAUCAACCCCAUCAUCGUGAUCCUCAAGGACGACCAGUGAACGAAGAUGGUAGCCCCUGGCAACCGACAAAUCAAGGCCCUGGUCGUAGACCUGGACAGCCUGACCAACCUCACCAUCGUGAUCCUCAAGGACGACCAGUGAACAAAGAUCGCAGCCCUUGGCAACCAAGCAAUGACGGCCCUGGUGGUAGACCUGGACCACUUAACAUACCACAUAAUUUUGGCCCUAGUGGCGAACCAUUAGACAAAGAUGGCAAUCCAUUUAAACCUCUGCCUAAAACUAGACCACCCCCUCGCCAACCUGGUCAACCAAACAAACCAUUAAGUGAUCGCCUCUUGGAGUCGGUUGAGGACGCGUUGCCAAAAAUAUUUGUCUCGGAUUACGUCCAGAAGCCAAUAAUGACCGGAGAAAUGACUGACGACAACAAACGACGCGGCAGGAGCUUCUGGAAGAGGAAUAAAGAAUUAAUACCGACGCGUGUCGAGAUGUUAAAACAGGCCAAACCUCUGGUCACCGACGCGAAGGAGUGCCAAACACUGGACCAGAUUGUGAACAACCUUAACAGUCGUAAGAAACCAUUUUUGGACAACCUUAAGCAAUUGGUAGGCGGCCCCGGCGACGAUCUACGUAUGCACGCGCUCACCAAACCAACGCUCGACCGACAAAAGUUGAUGUACCGCGAAAUGAGUCGUGGUAACUUAGUGCGCAUGGUGCUCACCGAUUUGGUGCCCGUUUGGCGCACUCUAGAAAUCCGGAAGUACCUGAAAAAUCACCCCAAGUAUAGGCCGAGCCCUUUGUCCGACUUUUUCACGCAUAAGGACUUUGAUUUGCAACCGAUGUUUACGUUUUAUAAGUAUAUCAUUGACUCGCGUUCGCCAAACAUAAAGGACCCAGAAGAAAAUGAGUUGUUCGAAUUGACCAGAGAACUGAUCGAUGUCGAUUUGAAAUCUAUUUUAAUGCCGUUGAAUGAGUCGGUGAUUGCGAGUCCCUGUUUGAAUCAAACGAUUGCGGGCAAAGAUCCGGAUAAAUUAUAGAUAACAUGUUUGUUUGAUAGUUGUUUUGAUUAUUGUUAAUGUUAAUUCAUAUUUUGUUAAUACAAAAAAAAU